AUGCGUAUACAAGAUUACCGUAGUUUGUUACAAACUAAAUUUACUAUAGACGACGAAAACGAACGCACAUGCAAAAAUGCUAUUUACGACAAUCUUGCUUUACAAACUUAUUUACACGGCCUACCCGGACACUUAGGUAUGUCCAUUCGCCUCCAAAAACCAGAACACUUGGAAAAAGCCAUGAGCUUGGUUUUGGAAGAGGAAUAUUUUAAUUACGCCGACAAACACUACAGAAAAAAUUCUAAUCCAAACGCACACAAAAAUAAUUCAAAACCUCAAUUUAACCCUCAGAACCGAGAAUACCCGAUGCAACACAUAAUACACCAUUUAGACCUACUUUCCAUACACAAAAUAAUUUUCAAAAUUACCCCAAACAACAAUUUUUUGAACCUCAACAAGACCCAAUAA